AUGACGCAGAAGAGGCCUUUGUUUACCCACUUUGAUGCAACGUUUGCGCUGUGCUGUCAAAGAAAUAACGAAACGAUUUGCUCAUCUGUUGAUAUUUGCAUUUCGCAAUGGUCUCGGGCCAGAAGAUGCCUCCGCCUCUGGGCUUCUCCUCCUCCUCCUCUUCCUCACCAGAAUGCAUCCCUCAAGUGUGCUAAAGAUUUCGCCAUGGACCACGGCAACUUCUACGACCUCUCAGGGCCUGAACUCCACUCCACCACUCGAGCAUCCACAUAA